AUGCUGCUCUCGCUGUUGCUUUCGGUCUACGCGUUCCUAACUGGCCGCAGGACUCACCGCGCGACUGCCUCGACCACCCCGUCCUCAAGUCAGCCUUCUGAACCGCCCUCUUUUCCCGCGCGUCAACUAUUCGAAUAUGACCUUGGCAUUGGCGGCGCGCCAAUCGCGCUAUGCCAGACGUAUAGCCAUGCGUCGCCAAGGCCUGCUGCCGUGCUCAUAUUUCCUGUGGCCCACGCUCUUUUCGUGAGUUUAUCAACACUGGGACUUGAAGUUUGCUUCUGCGUAGCGCGAAGUAUUGCCGAGGCCUCAUUGUUUCUAACUCGAAACCCUGGCCUCCGAGACGGGUCUACUCCCAGCAUGGUAUGCUGCGCUGCUCGUUAUCAAGAGAACUUUCGGCUCCUCCAUACUUUCCGCGGCGCAUGGACCUUGGGCGCCUUUUUGAGUAUCAACACGGUUGCUUCGCCACAUGCAGUGGUCCGCUCAGCGCGGCAUCAUGUCGUUACGACAGUCUUCUUCGCGUUCGACGGAGUUUUCAUGGCAGCGCGCUCUGCUGGCCUUGCUGUUUGUGACUCGAAACCAGGAUGGGCCCGCUCUCCUGCUGCUCGGGGUCAAAGACCUUUCUGUCGUUCCGGUGCCUUUUUGAUUCUCAAACUAAUGCAGCGUGUUGCUGGCGAAGUGCUGCCUGCUAGGUGCCGCUUUUUCACCUCCAGCGCGCGCGUUGUAUCCCCUGCUUACUCACCAUCCUUCCAGAUUCCAAACGCGGCGACGUUGCCGACAUAUACAGUCGGCAUGUUUGCUCGAUACCGACAGCUCACAGUGAACUCGGCUAACGUAAUCAUAUCACCACCUUUCUUGCCUCCACCACUACGCUCCGCUCUGCUGGACUCUGCGUGCGUGUGUUGUCGCCGUCUUGUCCUCGCUGCCAAACUACUGCCUGCGUUGACGAUGGUUGUCACCGACCUCCUUGUCACCGACCUCCCUGCGCUUGAGUCGCGUCUUGUCUGCGUGCGGGAGGUCUCCCGACACGCGUUGUUCGCUGCCAUUUGGCAAUGGCUCGCGCUUGUCCUGCAAUUCCGUUCGCGAAUGGCACGCUCGUCGUUUCAACUCCACCUUCCAUCCAAGACUCCGCGCCUCUCAACCAUUCGGAACAUUUUUCCCUUCGACUCUCUUCUCGCGCGCCGUCAACAACUAGUAGCAAGCAGAUUCGGCAGCGUACUUAACUUGAUGCCCAGCACGGCUCUCUUCCCGCCAUCAUCUUUCGCUCGCCGCCACCCGCCCAUACAUGCCCUUCCGGUCUACAUCACCAUCUUGUUAUGGCCCACGCAGCACCCACUACCACCCCCCGCCGUCUUUCGUUUGCCGCCCGCCGCCAACCCUCCCCCUUCCGGUCUACCGAACCAUUUUGGCAUGACGACCACGACUCCGGGGUGCAAGUCUUCAACGCGGCCUUGGCGCGCGCCGUGGUGCUGCUCAUGUUGGUCAAGAUUUCAAUCGCGACUCCGCUCCCGGCAUACCCUUGUUGGCCACGCCCCAGCCUUUCGCGCCCUUCACCAACUUGUGCCCGCUCUUCAUUCCCCCAGAACACACCCGAACACCACUUGGGUGGCGUUCUAUUUCUCAGUUUUGUGCUGCCGCGAUCCGAGACGGCGCCUGCGCUCAUUGUCUCCAACUCCCCCCUCGUGA